UAUUCGCGAAGAUCGAACGCGUUCUAGCUUGUGGUCUUUAAUCGAAAUAUCCAUAGAUCGUCUACGAAGGAAAUUAACGAAUCAUUUCGAAGUAGAAUUUAACAGUAAGUUUGUGUCAACUGUUCUGUGAUGGUUAUUGUUUGACACUCGAAUACGUCGUCGCGAGUCGAAUGAUCGAUAUUACAUUAUAAAGUUCAGUUUUGUAAAAUACUUUGCGGUGAUAAAGUGUUUCGAAGAGGCAUUGGGAAAAAUGACUGCCGAUUCGUUGAAGCCAUUUCUUAAUUCACCAAAUGCUUUAAGUACCCUAUCCAGGGACUGUACGGAGAAAAAAUCCGUGAAAAGUUGCCUACUAGUUUGUGGUUCAGUGAUUCUGUGUGUUUUAUCGGUGGCGGUUUUAGGAUUGGAGAUAUGGAAUAUCAACAGAAUCACCGAGCUGCAGCGGGAGGUCGACAGCCUGAAGCAGCAAAUGCAAGAGCUCCGCAAUCUACGGAUCGGGAGUCUGGAAGAUUUCAGCGAUUUUGAAGAUGCGUACGACGCAAACGAAGCACAUCACAGCUCGGAAGAAUACGGGGAGCCGUUUGAGGGGGAAAAUGACAUCGAAGAGGGAAGUACCAGCGUGUACGGAAUUCCGGACUACCACGCGGAUGACAUCGAAACGGAGAUUAGCGUGACGGUCAGCAACACACUUGACGGCAAACGAAAGGCUCGCUCCAUUACCGGAAUGACCUACCAAGGAGUACCGAUUCUGGACGAACCCUACAUGAACCGUCAACUCAAUCGCUCCCGUCAGCACACUCAUCACCAUCAUCAGCAGCAGCAACAGGAGCAUGGUCGGCGGGAGACACAAUACGAGCAAAUGCGCCAGCGGCCGGAGGAAACGGCUACCCCUCCGCCACAGCUCAAGCUCAACUGGGACGACGAAAGCAGGGAAAUUCCAGCACAUCGCCAGCCGAACGGUGCUGCCAGGAGGGAGCAUUCCAUGCGAAGACAUCAGAAUGUUUACCGCGCGAGUUCCACCGCUACUACCGAGGGAUCGGCCUCAGACGCAUCCUACAUUCGCCGGAAUGAGUUAGCUAGAAGCGAAAAAAUCGUUCAGAGCUUACAACCCAACCUAGUUGGACCGGAUUUUACUACUAAACCACCGGGACCGAUCCAUGAUCGUCGCAGCCGGGUCAUGAUGACCAAUGGCGAAAACAAAUAUCAAAAGGUUAUCAAGAAUCCGGGUACUUAUAUGGAAUCCCGUCAACCCCCGAUCCAACGAGUGGGAAGCUUGAUGCGUAAAUCCGCUGUCCCGGUACGUGUAACCGCUCUUCAUCUGGCCAAAUACCAUCCGCACUACAACAGCCAUCGUGCCACCAACCAUGUCAACUGGCAGUGGCACCCCAUCGAUGCGGCCAAUCAGGAAGCUUUGAACGGUGGAGUUUUCAAUCUGUCUCACAACGGCACGCUUACGGUAAACGACACGGGAUUGUACUUCGUCUAUGCUCAGAUCACUUACUCUGAUCAACACCCAAUCAGUGGCUUCAAUAUCGUGGUCAACGGAAGGAACCACGCAUCCUGCUCCGUUCACGGCCAACAUGGUAAAAAGACGAAUGCUUGUUACACAGCGGCCCUGGUAGACUUGGACACCGGUUCUCAGCUGGAAAUUAAAGAUAUGGAUGAGGGGCGCGUGCAUCUGCCCUUCCAGGAAAAAACCUUCUUCGGGUUAUAUAAACUGGGCAGGCGGCCAGUGACCAACAGCAAUUCUUACAUUUAGCUGGAUUCAGUUGAAACCGUUUUUAAAAUCUUUGUACAUAGACUAGCUUAACAUUGUAUCUCAUUAAUAUUUGUAUUGUCUUGUUAUUAAUACGAGUAUGUAUUGAAUGUGUUAUUGCUCCCGUUGUCGUGAUAUUUAUACAAAACUCAUAAAACACUUAUGAAAUACACAAAAAACGCCGAACCUUAGUGCCAUGUAAGCUUAUACCAA